AUGUCGUCUCCAUCUCCGGUGGCUUUAGAGAGAGGGUUUGAGGCCCCCGACAUGCCUUGUGGGUGCUGUGAACACAGCAGGGACUCUUCGGACUUGGUUGCAUUGAACAUCAGUCUAUUGGGUGAUUCCCAAAUUGGGAAAACUAGUUUUCUGACAAUGUAUGUUGGGGGAGAGAGGCAAGAAGAAGGAUUUGAGAUAUCAAAUUCAAGACUAAAUCAAAUGGAUAAAACACUCUACAUUGGAGGGGAACAUAUCGCAGGAGAUGAAACAUUCCAGAAUCAGAUUCCAAGUGCUUAUAGAGACUCGGUAGCAAUGUUAUUCAUGUUUGAUCUAACAAACCGAUGUACUCUAAACAAGCAAUUUUUCAAAAUGCCCAAGACGACAAUUCCAGUACUCAUAGGGACUAAAUUCAACGAUUUUGUACAAUUACCGAUAGAUGUUCAGUGGACAAUUGCAAGUCAGGCAAGAGCAUAUGCAAGAGCCCUGAAUGCAACACUUUUAUUUUCCAGAGCAACCUACAACAUUAAUGUGAACAAGAUCUUCAAGUUCAUCACGGCAAAGCUGUUCAACCUACCAUGGGCUCCUGAGCGAAACCUCACAAUAGGAGAACCCAUCAUCAAUUUCUAG